AUGGAGUACGAACCUACUACCGCGCCACCUGGCGCCGAAAUCACACCACCCGCCGCGCCUCCAGGCCUCGGCGAUACGGCCCAACCGCCGACCUCCACGCCCAGCUCGAUCACCGUCACUCUCAACACCACCGCGCCCGUCAUGUCCUCUGCUGCUGUGGCGGUGAAGAGGGAGCCUGGAACGGGCGACAGCGGUGGCCACAACCCGAACCAGAACCAGGCCCAGUUUGACCCAGUAAAGCAGGAGACCGUGGCCUCGGCCCACCAUGACAUCAUGAACCACCUCACGCAGAUGACGAGCCAGAUCGCCUCGAUCGCGCUCGAGAAGACCGCAGCCAAGACCGAGGCGGUCGUUGAGGACAACCCCGAGUCGGUGGUGGAGUGGGUGACCAGCAUUUCGCGUUCUCUACAAACCGAGCUGCAGAGCGUCUAUCUCACUCUCCACAUCCUGGCGCUGCCCGCCACCGCACCAGCGCCCGUGCCGACCUCGGCCCUGACGCCGGCUCUGCUGGCGUCGCCCUCGGUUUCGCCGCUCUCCCUGUCGCCAUCGCUCCCUUCCUUCAUGCCCGGCCAGCACCUCCUUGUGCAGGCCGAGACGGUGCCGACGCCCGUGCUGAUGGGUUCCCCGACCCCAAUCUCGCCUUCGCAGCCAUUGGCCGCUUCCACGGAGGAGUCAGGCGAAAGCAAGAAGGGCCGUCGGCGGCGAAAGACCAAGACCAAGGACAGCUUCAACCACAUGCAACGAAAAUGCGCCAGCUGCCAGCGGACGGAGACCACCAAGUGGCGACACGGCCCCUUGGGUUCCAACACGUUAUGCAACACGUGCGGGCUGGCCUACAGCCGGAAGAAGAAGCGGGAAGCCGAGCAGGCGGCCAAGCUGGGCGCCGCCGCCGCCGCCGCAACGGGCUCGAUGCCCUCCCCAUGA